AUACUAUAUUCAUCAAUCUCUCACAACUUGAACGUUUGGCUGACAAAGAGAGAGCAAUGGCAACAACAAAGAGAAAUAUUGUGUUGUUGGUGUUUGGCUUAACCAUUUUGUUUCCUAUUGUUCAAUCCCAAACUUUUGAUGACUUUUGGUUUGUUCAACAAUGGCCGCCAGCGGUUUGCGCUUUACAAUCAGGACGAUGUGUAGGACGAGGGACACGAUCCUUCACAAUUCAUGGUUUGUGGCCGCAAAAGGGAGGAAGCUCUGUAACUAAUUGCGCUGGCAAUUCCUUUGAUUUCACUAAGAUUGCGCACUUGGAAAACGAUCUGAACAUAGUUUGGCCGAAUGUGAUAACGGGAAACAACAAAUUCUUUUGGGGUCACGAGUGGAACAAACAUGGGAUUUGCUCAGAGAGCAAGUUCGAUCAGGCAGCGUACUUCCAGACGGCGAUAAACAUGAGGCACAGUAUUGACCUUCUUAGUGUCAUGAGAACUGGUGGAGUAAUACCAAAUGGAGCUUCAAAGGCGAAGCAAAGAGUAGAAAGCGUAAUCUCAUCCCAUUUUGGGAAGGAUCCAAUUCUUCGGUGUAAAACAGCAUCAAACGGCCAAGUCCUAUUGACGGAGGUUGUUAUGUGCUUUGAUGACGAUGGUGUCACCCUUUUAAACUGCAAUAAAGCGAGAUCCAAUUGUGCUACGAGUUUUAUUUUCUGAGGAUAAACUCUUAAAUUCUCAUGCAAUAAUGUUAUUAAUAAGUCGUUUUAUACUUUACGAUUUCAUAAACAUAAGCAACAGAAUAUGUUGUUGUCUUUCUAUAUAUCUAUAAUUGAAAUAAGUUGGUGUAUUGUUUAUCCUGA